CUAGUGUGCGGACUACCUAGACUGCAUUUGUGGAAAUCAUAGACGCGUGUAGCUACCAGUUUCAAGUCGCCGUGAAAUACACGGGUAGGCGUCUGUGAUUUCAAUAAACACUGCAAACGCGUUUGAUGCGCAAGAAUGCUGCACGCGCGUAAGAUGCACAGACAUGCCGUCGAAGGCAACUAGAUUUUGAGACACAGCCAAUGUCUGAUAAAAUGGCGGUGGAAAACAUCGGUGAAUCUCAGGAUGAGAAGGAAAUCCUUAUUAAGAAGGAUGCACUGUCACAAGACAGCGGUGAGGUUGUCGAGAAAACAAAAAACAAAGAGUCUAAACUGAUUUUGUAUCAUUGGACUCAGUCAUUCAGCUCUCAGAAGGUGAGACUGGCAAUAGCUGAGAAAGGCCUUCAGUGUGAGGAGUAUGAUGUGAGUCUGCCUCUGAGUGAACACAAUGAGCCCUGGUUUAUGCGUCUGAACCCCACUGGAGAGGUUCCUGUGCUCGUUCACAAUGACAAUGUCAUCUGUGACCCCACACAAAUCAUGGACUAUUUGGAGCAGAACUUCUGUGAUGAGCACACCCCAAAGCUGAUCCCAGAAGAGGGAAGCACGUAUUAUCAUCGAGUUCAGCAUUACAGAGAACUGCUGGACUCCCUGCAGAUGGAUGCAUAUACCCAUGGCUGCAUCCUCCACCCAGAGAUCACAGUAGACUCCCACAUCCCCGCCUAUGCCACCACCCACAUUCGCACACAGAUUUUAAACACAGAAUCCGAGCUUAAGAAACUAGCAGCGGAGAAUCCCGAUCUUAAAGAUGCUUAUAUUGCAAAACAGAGACGUCUAAAAAGUAAAUUGUUUGACCAUGAUAAUAUGAAAUACCUGAAGAAACUCCUGGAUGAACUGGAGAAUGUUCUGGAUCAAGUUGAGACCGAGCUGCAGAGGAGGAUUGAGGAGACACCAGGUGGGAGAAUAUUUUGUUAA